GUUUGACACCGUGCAACAAUCCAUCAUCCUCUCGCCUGCCUUCAUCGCAUGGUCGCGCCGAUGGAAUCGCCGAUGCGGUGCAGCGCCACCUCCAUCGCCGCUUUGGCCAGUGUACUCCUCCUCUCUACGCCAACGAACAUGAAGGCUAUCGUGGCGGCAACUGCUACUGCCAUCAACAACGAGAUCUCCUACGACCUCCAAACCAACGUGCAUCUCGUGUUCAGCACAGGGUGCGACCAAAAGCGCCGCCAGUUCCUGUCGGCCAGUCUUCAGCUGUCGUUGGUCCGAGUUCACCAUGCCGGUCCGUUGACAGAGAUCAUCUCAGGAUGCUCGCCCGUGGCACAAGCAGAGAUCGAGGCCCAACGAAAGUACUACCCUGACUUUCGCUUGCACUUCACCAAGAACUAUGCCAAGUACGAGAGCCCCACGUUCACAGAGACGUACAACGCGUACAACAAACCAUUCGGUCUGCGCGACUUUCUCCACCACAGCGCCAAGAAGGACAACCUCGCCGUCGCAUUCAUCGACGCCGACUACAUGCUGUUCAAGCCGCUCGUCGUCAACACGGGGGCCAAGUGGGCCAAGUACUACCAGAACACGACCAUGCGGCGGGCCGAAGACAUCACGGACACGGUCGAGAACGGCGUCGCGCUCGCGCAAAACAUGAAGGCGUUCUUGGGCGGCCGGUGGUACAACGAUUUCAACCGCACGAUUCUCAACCUCGUGUGCGGCACCAAGCCAUGCGCCAACGUGUCGAGCGCGGACGCGUUCGAGUACUUUGAACCCACGGGAACGCCGUACAUCCAGACGCGCCACGACUGGUUGCAUGUGGUCGAGGACUACUGCAACUUCACCGUGAAGGGCCGCCAAGUGUCCAAGGAUGACUGGAUGAUCGAGAUGUACGCAUACGGCGCCGCCGUGGCCAACAACAACGUCAGGCACACGCUGCUGCAGCACUUGGGCCCGGCCACACCCGAGUUCCUCAACACAGAGUACUGGAAUUUCAUCGAGGAAGACAUGCCGAAUCCGUGCGCCGACCCGUUCCACGUCGUCCUCCCGGCCGAUCCUCCCGUGGGCAUCCAUUACGCCAUGUACUACGGCCUCCCCGACACGAUUGACGAAGGCUACAUGUACUACAAGUACCGCAUUCCGUCGGACAUUCUCGACUGCGACAGCCAGCUCUUCAAGCUCCCGCCCGCGUCCGAGUGGACUCAAAUCGAUGUGCUGUACAAGGACAAUCCCAAGAAACGCCAGUGGAAGCGCCACACGGUGUGGCUCCAGUGCACACUGAUCAAGUACGGAAACGAAGUCCUCCGCACGAUGAAGGCACACACGUGUCCCGACGGAUUCAACUCGCACCAAGGCGUUGUCAUGCAUGCCAAGGAUACCCCCCGAACCGCAUUGCCAACACCGUGAUUGAAUGUACCAUGUUGGAACGAAAACCCGGA